AUGGAGACCCAAAUGGGUUGUGAGGCUGCCCCACGCAGCGGCGGCGGCAAGAAGAGGGACUCUCCAGGGACUGCAGGUUCACUGGCGCACCUCAUUAUCAAGGAUCUUGGAGAAAUUCAGUCAAGACUUUUAGAUCACAGACCAGUUAUUCAAGGUGAAACCCGUUAUUUUGUGAAAGAAUUUGAAGAAAAAUGUAGUCUCCAAGAAAUGAGAGUUCUUGAAAAUUUGAAGAAUAUGAUCCACAAAACAAAUGAACAGACUCUUCCCAAAUGUGGAGAGACAGUUCAGGACAACAUAAACCAAGUUCUCCAGAGAUUGCAAGCAGCUAAUCACUCAGUCUGUAGACUCCAACAGAGGGAGCAGGAACAAAGAAAGUCCCCCAAGAUUCAUAGUGAGCAUUUAAUAGCUAGUGAAAAACAGCAUGCAAUCCAGUGGGAAGAUUUCACGAAAGAGCAACACAACAAACAGGCUGAAGUGGACAAAGAGCACAAAAAAGCCAUGGAGAGACUUAAAGGUCAAUAA